AUGAUUCAUCAAGACUGUCUUGGCCUUCCUCGUGUCAUUAACAUCAAUAGGCAUGAUCACCGUGUUUCUCGUACUUUGCUUCUUGGAGUUGUGAAUUCUGUAUGUGGAGUUUGUCGCAAGAAGGUGGACUGGACUUCUGGAGGGUUUUCUUGUAAGAAGUGUCCUGGUUACGUUGUUCAUUCUAAAUGUGCUACUAGAAAGGAUGUGUGGAACGGAAAAGAACUCGAAGGAGUACCUGAAGAAGAAGAAGACAUAGAACCAUAUGUGGUGAUAGACGACAACACGAUACAACAUUUUAGCCACACAGAACAUUACCUAAAACGAAUCCAUCGGAAUGGUAUUUUGUAUGAGGAUAACAAGUGGUGCAGGGCAUGCUCCCAUCCGAUAGGUCUCCAAUCCUUUUACGACUGUCGGGAUUGUGAUUUUUCUCUCCAUGAGAAAUGUGCUAAUUGUCCUAAAAUGAAAAGGCAUGUAUUACACAAUGAAAAACUCACUUUAGUUACAAACAAGGAGCUAGAAGUCUUCAAUUGCUAUGCUUGCCAUCGAUAUUCCAGUGGUUUCAUGUACAAGCAUGGGGAAAAGACGUUAGAUGUCUUAUGCGGUUCAAUUUCUGAGCCAUUUAUCCAUCCAAGUCAUCCCCAACAUCCCUUAUAUUACAUUCCAACAGAAAAAGAUGUAAUAUGCAAUGGUUGUAAUUUAGAGGGAAUGUCGGUGCUCAGGUGCAUUGAAGGUGAUUGUGGAUUUGUAUUGGGCUUCAAAUGCGCUACUCUACCACAAGUGGUAAUGCACAGAGUAGACGAUCAUCCUCUUUUACUAUGCUAUGGCGAAGAAGAAGCAAGUGGUAAAUACUGGUGUGACAUCUGUGAGGAAGAAACCAAUCCAAAGAACUGGUUCUACACAUGUAAAGAUCAACAAGCUAGUUUGCAUACAAAUUGUGUGCUUGGAAUCUUUACCGGGUUGAGGCCUAAAAGCGUAGCAAUGUUGUGGGGAAAAUCGUAUGAGGUGGUGCUGAAUAAUAGUGUAACUCGCCCAUUUUGCAGCUACUGUGAUUUUCGUUGCAUGUACCCUAUCAUCCUCAAGUUGCUUGGAACCUCAGCGACAUAUUUUUGCUCUACUUUUUGCGCAUAUUAUUCUAGGUCUUGAAGGUUUAGCGAAAUAAAGUAGGCCAUGGAGGCAAGAUGGUUCAUCGUUUCAGUUUCUUACUUCCACUAUGAGUUGAUCUCUCUAAUGUAAUAUUUUCUAUAACAAAGAACGAGCUGUUUUCUUAAAAAUUAUAGGUA